AUGGUCAGAAUGUAUCCCAUCAUCCAAUAUGUGACUCUCUUUCUCUUUGCCUUUCAGGUAUAUGGAUCUAAUCCAACAGAAGACAGCUCCGACCCGGUGCCUAGGGCUAGUCUCGAUCUGGGUAGUAUCUUUGAAGAUAUCUUCGGUAAUCUUAUACCAGAAGGAACAACAAACAGCACCUCGGAAAAUGUUGGGAAUGCUAUUGAUGGCCUGGUAGGCCUGUUCUCACCUACUCUCGUGAAGGAUGCUGUAUCAUCCAUCACCCACUUGGCAGACCUUUUCGACAACCAAACUUCAGUGGAGACAAAAUCACUCGUUCAGAUAGGAAAUGACGAGCUCACAAAAGAGACAAUAAAACACGACAAUGUGGAAUCGAUCAACAACCUACUUGAAGAAGCAUCCCCUCUGCUCACAGAGCGGUUCUUAAAUGAGAUAAACAACCUACUUAACAACACAAGCAACCUCCCGACGUCUUCAUUUGUCAAGGAAACCAAAUCACUCAUCGCCGAUGUCAACCCGCUGGUCUCUGAUUCAUCCUCCAACUCAUCUGCUAUUGAUAUCCCGCAAUUACUCUCAUCUGUCAAUCAGUACAUCACGCCGCAUGCCGACAACAUCGGAAACUUACUCACUAACGCCAAUGACCUCCUUCCCAAAGACCUGGCAAAGCAAAUCGCGAGUCUUAUACAAGAGGCUAACAGUUUCCUCUCAUCUAACCCCGAUGUCAUUCAACCUCUCCUGAACACCUCGAUUGAUUGA